AUGAAAGCUCAAGAUAAUUCUUUUAGAUUACCAGCUUUAAAAUUAUAACCAAGAGAAUAUAAAUUUAGCUUCAGUCAAGAAUCUAUAGAAUAAAAUCAGAGCAAAGAAUCAAUUUCAUAGAAUAUUUUUAAUCAUUAUAAUCCUUCACCAAAUAGACAUAGGAAUAAAAUUAUGUCUGUUUCUGUCUAUAAUAGUUAGGAUAAGAUAAAAUAAUCUAAUUAGACCAAAUAUUAUCAAAAUAGUGAAUUUAUCACAUGUCAAAACACCAAUAAUAGUAUUUCAGUUGUUUAAGAUGUUACAAGAUAUAGAAAUAAACUCAAAAAACUUGUUUAACAUAAUUAAAAUAGGAAAGAAAUUAAUUCUAGAGAUCCUCGUUUUUUCUUUUUUAAAGAGCCUUAUGCGUCUAUUAAAUUAAAUAAUCUCAAAGAUGGCUAGAAACAAGUGGAUAAGCUUUUGGAAGAAAGAAUUAAGUAACUAAUGACUAAAGUCUAAAUCCUUAUUUCUUCAUAGUCUUUCUAUCAACAAAAGAAAUACGAGGCAAAUCGCAAUGUAAACCUUGUCAAAUUGUAGGAUGAAUAUAAAAUAUUAUCUCAAGAUUUCAAUGAAUUCUAUUUCUCAUCAAAAAGGAUCGAUUGUAUUCAUUUUAUAUUAAAUUUAGCAUAAAUUAAGCAUUUAUUGAAUCAUAUGUAGAUUAUUAAACAAUUAUUAAGCCCACUUCAAAAACCUUAUGGUUAAUGUUAAAAAUCAAGUUAAUCGUUGCAUUAAAACAUAUUCGAUUGGAUUUAAGAGGAGACAAAAGACUCUGCAACCUAAAGAGUCGAUAAUUCGUAAAUCUAAGGUAGUCUAGAUACUUUUGAUGAAGAAAGUGAAAAUUAAGAUUUCGACCAAGAAGAAUCAGAUUGCUUUGAUGAAAAUAAUAAACAAAAUGGACUAUCUAAAAACAAUUAAAAACAGUCAUCAAAUAAAAAAAUAAAAAAUGCUAAGUCAAGAAGUAUUCUUAAAAUAAAUUAAUAUAGACUUUAAAAUAAAACAAUAGGAUUCUCUGGAUUUUGCUUAAGUGAGGUAGAAUACAGAUUAGGAAACUAUAAAAAUUGAUGAUUAAGGAAUUCAUCUUAUCUCAAAUAAUGAAGGAAAAAGAAGAAUAUCUUAUAUAACAGAUAAUUCUAACAGUAACGGAAAUUAAAUCGAAGAUGAACCAGAAGGAUAAAAUUCUGAGUUUACAGAAAAUGGCAAAAACUAAAAUAAUCAAUAGCUAAGGUUAGCCAGAAAAAGGGCUAUUCUUAAAGGAGAAGGAUCCAAUUAAUCAGAUGAAGAACAAAAUUCUAGAGAUGAUAAUGAGAUGGCAAUUAAAGAGGAAAUGAGUGAGAAUGAAUAAGAAUCAGAGGUAAGAAAGUUAAAGAAAAAUGAUUAGAAUAUAAAGUAGGUCAAAAUUUAAAAUACUUUGAAUAAUUAGAUUCUUAUCUAGAAUUAAUAGGAUGACUUUUAGGAGAGCGAUGGUCCUUUAUCUUUUCGUUAAGAAAGGUUUUUGAUUUAGCAUCCGAAUCACGAACUUAUUAGUGUCUCAUUGCUUGAUAGAUUUCUACAUUUAGAUAAUAUCUAUGAUUAUAAGUUUUUAUAAAGUUGGAAUUAUCAUAUGACUAAAAUCAGACAGGCUAAGUUUCUUGAUGAAUUUGACAUUUGA